AUGGGUGUCUUAAAGUUUGAUACAAUCAAUAACACUUACCCGAUCAUAUCAAUCUCCCCGGAAAACCAACGCCUGCUGAUCGGACAAUCUCAUUUACUACCAAAUACCUGCGUCAUGGCCGAUUUUGUUACCCAAGGGAUUCAGCUCGACACUUCUUUACCCUUCACCAUCGCCCUCACCAACACUGUGUUCUUCUUCAACUGUACAGAUGCAAUGGGGACAGUUAUAUUAGAUUGCACGCCGACAAACAUCUGCCAAGCUUACCAGAACUUCUCACCUCAGAUGUCCAUGUGCCGGAGAGCUCCGCCUUGUUGUUCCUUCAGAAAAGGAAGCUCAACGAGCCUGUUUUCCAUUCCGCUUAAUAUGGAAAAAUGCAAGGCUUAUUCAAGCUUCGUGAAUCUAAACAUCUCGAUGCCAGUUAGCAAGUGGCCGGAUCCUAGCGUGGAGUUGAUGUGGGCGCCACCACCGGAGCCACCAUGUUCGUCGGAGGGGCAUUGUGACUCCACCUCUACUUGUAAGGACGCCCGUGACGGCAAUGGCACACGAAGGUGUUUCUGUAAACCUAAAUUUCGUUGGAACGCAAACUCCGGCCAGUGUGCUGAAGAUCGCAAAAAGGUCAGAGCAAAACGGAACCUACUUCUCGCGACUGCAAUUUGCAGCGGUGUGACGAUAUUUAUAACAGUUGUAUUUGCAACUUCAGUGUUCAUCCGCAGACAAAAAAUCAAAAUCGCACGACAACGACUUGCUCGUGAGCGCCAAGAGAUUGUAAGGCCGAGUGGCGGUGGAAAAUCAUCCAAGAUUUUCUCCAGUAAAGAGAUCAAGAAGGCGACAAACAACUUCUCCCCCACCGGUCUUCUAGGUGCCGGAGGUUUUGGUGAAGUGUACAAAGGGGUGUUGGACGACGGCACACCGGUGGCUGUAAAAUGUGCAAAACUCGGGAACACCAAAAGCAUCGAUCAAGUCCUGAAUGAGGUUCGAAUCUUAUGUCAAGUCAACCAUAAGAACCUGGUACACCUUCUCGGUUGUUGUGUAGAACUUAAACAACCAUUUUUAGUAUACGAAUAUAUUACAAAUGGAAGUCUUCAUGACCACUUACAUGAUCGAAAUAAACAUCCUUUAACAUGGAGUCAACGGUUAGCCAUUGCUCAUGACACUGCAGAAGGGCUUUCAUAUCUUCAUUUUUCUGCAUCUCCCCCGAUCUACCAUCGUGAUAUAAAAUCUAGUAAUAUUUUGCUAGAUGAACGGAUGAGAGCAAAAGUUGCCGAUUUUGGUUUGUCAAGACUAGCUCAAUCGGAUAUGACACAUGUCACAACUUGUGCCCAAGGUACAUUGGGAUAUCUGGACCCAGAUUAUUAUUGGAAUUAUCAGUUAACUGAUAAGAGUGAUGUGUAUAGUUUUGGAGUAUUAUUGUUGGAAAUAUUGACGUGUCAAAGAGCAAUAGACUUUGGUCGACCGACAGAUGAUGUAAACUUGGUUGCAUAUGUUAAAAGAAUCGUGAACGAGGAAAGAUUGGUGGAUGUUAUUGACCCGUCUCUCAAGAUACAUGCAACAACAUUGGAGAUAGAUGCUAUGAAAUCGUUAGGGUUUCUUGCAAUCAGUUGCUUGGAGGAACGAAGAGAAAACCGACCUUCUAUGAAGGAAGCAUCCGAAGAGAUAGAAUAUAUCAUGGGUAUUGUAGCGACCACAUCGGAUCCUCAUGGUAUGGACAUUUAA